AUGACCAAUGCGCUAGAGAAAAGCACGCACAGCGCCGCGCGGAGCCGACCCGCCGAGGCGUCCGUCUGUUCUCGCCGGCUGGCGGCGGGGUCCCGGCUCGCGGCGCCGUCCGCGCUAGCCUUACCUGGCGCGCCAUCCCAGACUCAGCCUCAGUUCCUGGCUUCCGGCACGGCCGGGGGCACCCGCUCCCCGCCCACAGGCUGCGUCGCGACCCUCGGCGGCGGCGGCAGCGGCGGCGGCUGCGACCUAGGGCGGCGCAGGAGGAAACCGAGCCGGGCGCGCAGGCCGUUGAGGAGGGGCGGGCAUGGGGUGUCGCAUCCCAAGAGAGGGGGACCAGCCUCCGCGGCCCUCCGGGCGCAGGCGCGAACUACACUUCCCAGAAGGCGCCGCGGCGCCGGCCGGAGGCGGGGCGAGGUGAAGGCGGGGCGAGCCUGGUGGGCGCCCUCUCCCCGCUGGUUCAGCCGAGACCCCGAGAAGCUGCCAGCGGGGGCUUGGCGCCGGGAUCUGCCGGGUGCUCCCCCCAGCGGCCUGGUGGCACCUGGGAGGCGUCCCGAGCGGCGGCGAUUCCGCUGGCACCGAGGCCCCUCUGCGUGCCCGGCUCGCUCGGGGUCGGGGCGGAAGACAGCUGCUCCGAUUUCUCCGUGGACAAUGGCAGCUACAAUUCAGGCCAUGGAGAGGAAGAUCGAAUCGCAGGCUGCCCGCUUGCUUUCCCUAGAAGGUCGAACCGGGAUGGCCGAGAAGAAGCUGGCCGACUGCGAGAAGACGGCCGUGGAGCUGGGGAACCAGCUGGAGGGCAAGUGGGCGGUGCUGGGGACCCUGCUGCAGGAGUACGGGCUGCUGCAGAGGCGGCUGGAGAACGUGGAGAACCUGCUGAGGAACAGGAACUUCUGGAUCCUGCGGCUGCCCCCGGGCAGCAAGGGCGAGGCCCCCAAGGAGUGGGGGAACCUGUCCGAGUGGCAGAAGGAGCUGUACAAGCACGUGAUGCGGGGCAACUACGAGACGCUGGUCUCCCUGGACUAUGCCAUCUCCAAGCCCGAGGUCCUCUCCCAGAUUGAACAGGGGAAGGAGCCGUGCAGCUGGCGUCGCACUGGCCCCAAGGUUCCAGAUGUUCCUGUGGACCCGAGUCCAGGCUCAGGGCCCCCCGUUCCUGCCCCUGACCUCUUAAUGCAGAUCAAGCAAGAAGGUGAGCUCCAGCUCCAGGAGCAGCAGGCUCUAGGCGUGGAGGCGUGGGCAGCCGGACAGCCAGAUAUCGGGGAGGAGCCGUGGGGCCUCAGCCAGCUGGACUCUGGAGCAGGAGACGUCUCUACCGAUGCUGCCUCUGGCGUCCACUCCAACUUCUCAACCACUAUCCCGCCCACCUCCUGGCAGGCGGAUCUCCCCCCCCACCAUCCCUCCUCUGCAUGCUCAGACGGGACGCUGAAGCUCAGCACGGCCGCCUCCACGGAAGAUGUAAAGAUUGUGAUAAAAACCGAAGUCCAGGAAGAGGAGGUAGUGGCCACACCAGUGCAUCCUACUGACCUAGAAGCCCACGCGACCCUGUUCGGACCAGGCCAAGCCACAAGGUUCUUCCCUAGUCCUGUCCAGGAAGGAGCCUGGGAGAGCCAGGGCAGCUCCUUCCCCAGCCAGGACCCCGUGCUGGGGCUGAGAGAGCCCGCCCGGCCCGAGCGCGAGCUGGGUGAGCCCAGCCCCGCGGUGACCCAGGACGAGACCCCUCCAGGGGACUGGCUCUUCGGGGGGGUCCGGUGGGGCUGGAAUUUCAGGUGUAAGCCUCCCGCGGGCCUGAACCCGAGGACCGGGCCUGAGGGUCUGGCCUACUCCUCGCCCGACAACGGAGAGGCCGUGCUGGACCCCGGCCAGGUCCCGAGACCCUUCAGCGACCCCUGCAAGUACCCCGGCCGGACCAAAGGCUUCGGCCACAAGCCGGGCCUGAAGAAACACCCGGCGGCCCCCCCGGGGGGGCGGCCGUUCACGUGCGCCGCGUGCGGGAAGAGCUUCCAGCUGCAGGUCAGCCUGAGCGCGCACCAGCGCAGCUGCGGGGGGCUGCCCGACGGGGCGCCGGGGGCGGCGGGCGGCGCGCGGGACGGCAGCGGCCUUCGGUGCGGUGAGUGUGGCCGCUGCUUCACGCGGCCGGCGCACCUCAUCCGGCACCGCAUGCUGCACACGGGCGAGCGGCCCUUCCCCUGCACCGAGUGCGAGAAGCGCUUCACCGAGCGCUCCAAGCUCAUCGACCACUACCGCACGCACACGGGCGUGCGGCCCUUCACCUGCACCGUGUGCGGCAAGAGCUUCAUCCGCAAGGACCACCUCCGCAAGCACCAGCGCAACCACGCGGCGGGCGCCAAGCCGGCCCGGGGCCAGCCCCUGCCGCCGCUGCCUGCCGUGCCCCCCGACCCCUUCAAGAGCCCCGCCUCCAAAGGACCCUUGGCCUCCACGGACCUCGUGACCGACUGGACUUGUGGCCUGAGUGUCCUGGGACCCACCGACGGCGGGGACCUGUGA